CGCCUACUACACCUCUUCUAACUGUCCGCAAUGCCGGUCGCGGGCUCCGAGCUGAAACUGCAGCCCGCCGCUCAGCAGCAGGGCGCGCACGGGGAGCUGCAGUAUCUGGGGCAGGUGGAGUACAUUAUGCGCUGCGGUUUCAAGAAGGAGGACCGCACGGGCACCGGCACCUUGUCGGUGUUCGGCAUGCAGGCGCGAUACAACCUGAGAGAUGAAUUUCCUCUGCUCACAACCAAACGAGUGUUCUGGAAGGGUGUUUUGGAGGAGUUGCUGUGGUUUAUCAAGGGAUCCACAAAUGCUAAAGAACUGUCCUCCAAAGGAGUGAGAAUCUGGGAUGCCAAUGGGUCCCGAGAUUUUCUGGACAGCCUGGGCUUCUCUGCACGACAGGAAGGGGACCUGGGCCCAGUUUAUGGUUUCCAGUGGAGACAUUUUGGCGCAGACUACAAAGAUAUGGAUUCAGAUUACUCGGGUCAAGGAGUAGACCAGCUGCAAAAAGUGAUUGACACUAUCAAAGCCAAGCCUGAUGACAGAAGAAUCAUCAUGUGUGCCUGGAACCCAAAAGAUCUUCCCCUGAUGGCACUGCCUCCUUGCCAUGCCCUCUGUCAAUUCUAUGUAGUGAAUGGGGAGCUGUCUUGCCAGCUCUACCAGAGGUCAGGAGAUAUGGGCCUGGGCGUGCCCUUCAACAUUGCCAGCUAUGCACUGCUCACCUACAUGAUUGCACACAUCACAGGCCUAAAGCCAGGGGAUUUUGUCCAUACCUUGGGAGAUGCACAUAUUUACCUGAAUCACAUCGAGCCCCUGAAAAUUCAGCUUCAGCGAGAGCCAAGACCUUUCCCAAAACUCAAAAUUCUUCGGAAAGUUGAGACGAUUGAUGAUUUCAAGGUUGAAGACUUUCAGAUUGAAGGUUAUAAUCCACACCCAGCGAUUAAAAUGGAAAUGGCCGUUUAGAGCGUUUUCAAAGCUGCUGUGAACAUCACCAGACGUUAGGGUUGAGCCUGAUGCCCAGGGUAAAAUCCAGUUUCUCUCUAAAGGGAAAUAAACUAAAUCGAAACUCUGACAGUGAUCUGUCUGUAAGUACCAUCAAUGUCUAAAUGUAUUACUGGCAUUCAGACUGCCUUUCCUUUACUGUUCACUGAGGUACAGAAGAAUACUAAGAUUAUAUACUAGGCACGAACAACCAGACAUUUCUGUAUAUCUGUAUGAAGAAGAUUCCUCUAAACUUGAACUGUGUUACAUGUUUACUUAUAAAUAUUUUAUAUGCUGUAGUAAUAAAGAACUGUUUUGCAUUUGUCA